GAUGCGAAGGAAUGCGCGAAAUAUCCGGGAUUUGUGACCAAAUUCUGUGAGAAAGAUCCGGUUCACGUGGACUUUGAGAACUAUCGUCAUGUGUGUCAUAAAUGGCACUAUAGGCUAACCAAAGCAUUCAUAUUAUGUCUGGAUUCUGCGGAUUACAUACAGAUCAGGAAUUCGCUCAUUAUAUUGACCAAAGUAUUGCCACAGUUUCCAGUGAUGAUUAGCUUCGCUCAGGCUAUUGAACGCCGCGUCGAUAACAUCCGCAACGAAGAGAAAGAGAAACGACCGGAUCUCUACGCUUUGGCCACUGGAUAUUCGGGUCAAUUGAAGGCUCGAAAGUCUAAUUUUAUACCCGAAUCCGAGUUUCAUAUCAAAGAGAAUAAGAAAGGCGUUCAACAAACGAACGCUCAAAACAGCGCUCAAAAAGUGGAAAUUAAUAACAAUGCGGUUAAAAAGGAAGUGAAAACUGAAGCCAUUGUUAAUAACGAUGAAAAGAAUGCUUCAAAGUCUAAGAACGGCAUCGACUCGAGCGACAAGAAAAAGGAGAUUAAGAAGGAUUCAAAA